GCUACUACUUCUGAUUUAACUCCAAUUCAUUCAUUCAUCAUCAUUGAUAGAAACUGUAAAAUAGACAAAUCCGGAUUCGUUUCAGGAGUUGAUGUCGAAUCUGGAUUGGUCUCGAACGUAAACAAUAACAUUCCGGAAUAGCGGGGAGAGCAAGAUAGGUUUUAGAACAGUACUAGGACUAACAAGAAACAAAGAGACAAAUACAGAAAUAGUGAGCCACAUGAAAACAUUUCUGACCAAGUGCUGGACAGUGAGAAAUAAUUAUCCAGGGGGGUUAGAGAAAGACGAAGAGGAGAGACUUAAGAAGCGAUUCAAAGCAUAACAGGUCCAAAGAAGAAGAAGAAGAAGAACUAUUACCCGAGUGAUGAUAGUCUUGAUGUAAACAUUCAAAUAGAUACAGACGAGAGAGAAAGGAAAUUGUGAUACUGUACAGUGAAAAAUAAUAGGGAUGAAAAUAAAGAAAAAUAGUAAAAUGUAAAGAAAAAAAAAAAAAAAAAACCAGGAAUAUUCAGUUAACUACUACAGAAAGAAUAACAACUAGAACUGCCACUUGCAAACACACCUGAACUGAGAUUUUAGAGAGUACGUUCCUUGACCUGAACCGAACCUGGACCUGAAGAUUGCGUGCCUGUCUGACAGAUAGCGGUGGUGACGGUGGUGGCCUGCGCUGUCACUCCCUGUCACUCUCCCGCCAGUCAUGUUCUCCGGUCACGAUGAGGAGGCCUCCAGUUUCCCCUCCACUUGGAAAACAGAGCAGUCACAGGCAUCAGAUGGCACCCAGACAGAUGAGGUUGGGACUGAGGAGAGCGAGUGUCAAGUCAUUGAGCAGAUUGAGGCUGGAGUACAAACAGAAGAGGAGGAGAACAAGAGCCUCGGAACACCACAGUAUGAUGAGGCGUCUCUCUCGGAAUUCCUCACACGCAUUACACCCAAAGUGCUGCGGGAGCUGGACCGGCAGGCGCGCAGUCAGGCUUUCCUUGGCUAUGGUGCUGUACAGGAGGAGGCAGCCUCAGGGGUGCGGCUGCUGCACACCCUCCGCUGCAGCCACAGCGACCCAGAGUGUGUGGUGUCCAGCGUGGCGUGGAGCAGCACCGGCUCAGUGAUUGGCGUCACGUUCGGGGCAAUGGAACAUCAGGACUGGUGCGGCCACAGGGGAGCCAUAGCCGUGUGGAACAUUAACCGCAGUGACUUUGAUGCCAACCAGCCGGAGCGCACUAUUGAGGCCUCAUCCUGCGUGCUGAGUCUGGCCUUCCACCCCUCCAAUCCAGCUCUCUUUGCUGCUGGCACUUUCAAUGGGGAAAUCCUUGUUUACGACCUGUCCCGCACGGAGGAGGUCACCCCCUUGGCUGUUGGGGAGUGUGGUGGGGGUGGAGUGACAACACUUGCAUGGGUGGAGCUGGGAGGAGUCAGAGGACGGGAUGGCGCCCCCCCUCGUGCCCACCACACCCUCACCGCCACCACCACCACUGGUCAAGUUCUGGUUUGGUCACUGAGCCUCACCAAGCAGCAGUUGACCCUCAAGGCUGGGUACAUGGUGAGGACACAAGACAUCCCCAGAGGCGUGAGGACCCAGGUGGGGGAGGACAGUGGGGUAGGCAUUGCAGCUGCCUCCUACAGCCGUGAUGAUCCCACUCUGUUCCUGCUGGGGGGGGAGGGAGGCAGCCUUUUCCUGUGCUCUGCUAACUCUGAGGCACCCACAGUAAUGGACUUCUCUGGCAUUGGUCUACGGCGGUGUGUGACGUCCUGCCUGGCGCCACACACCGGCAAGGUCCUGGAGGCUCAGUUUUCUCCCCACCACCACCACGCCCUCCUUUCAGCUGCCUCAGACAGCCAGAUCCGCCUGUACUCCCUUCUGCAGCCCAACAAGCCAGUCACCACCACACACAGUGAGGAACAAGUCACCUGUGCUCAGUGGUCACCCACGCGGCCUCUUGUGUUCGCUGCUGGUCUUGGUUCAGGUCGGGUCGCCUUGUAUGACCUGGACACACGAUCCAGCCGUCAGCCCUUCCUAACUCUUGCUACGCCUGAAAAAGCUGCCCCAUCCACUGCUCUGUGUUUUAAUCACAGGAACAUGAGUCUUCUAGGUGUUGGGGAUGCACUGGGAGGGUUGGGGUGUGGCAGCUCCCCCACCAGGCUGUCUCCCCACUCCCGGCUGAGCUGUCCUCACUACAGAGCCUCCUAGACAUCCUCAAGGACUAACGCCAGCAGACCAGAAUUACCUGGAUUAUAUAAUUAGAGUGUUCAUUUCUCUUAUACACAGACACACAGAAUCUAAAUAAAUAAGCUUUCUAUUUAUUUCUAUUUCUUGUCAGUUACUCUCAAGAAAGGUGUUGCUGCUUCUUAUGACUCGUGCUGUUGUGUUUGUGGAUGCAUGCUUCAUGUUCACCAGUUCACCUUUACUUACACUCUGAAGAUGUUAUGGUUGUGAUGAUUAAUAUAAGCCAUACAAAG